AUGAGCUCAUCGUCCUCAUCGUCACCCCAAGCAUUGGAUGCUGAAGUCCGUCGUCUUGUCGGUGUUUACGGUGCCUGGUGUGCUGGCACGGUGGAUCGCAAUCGGGAAGUGUUCGAGGCCCAGUUGGGUGAAUCCAUGUCAAAUGACUUUUACAUCAUCAUGCCAUGGGGAGAUGUGACGUCAAAAGAGGAUUUUAUAGCCUUUCUCAAGUUUGGGUACGGUCGACAAACGGGAAUGGAAGUGACAGUGGAGGAUUUCAAGAUCCUCCAAGAGUUUGAAACCAAGGACCACACAACGUUGACACUUGUGUCGUAUCGGGAAAUGCAGACGGAACCCAAAAAGUCAGAUGUCAUCCGCCAAACCACUGCCUUGAUGGAGACUGUUCAAGAUGGAUCAAUUCAAUGGAGGCAUAUUCAUUUAUCAUGGACACAACCACCACAAGAAGAAGGAGGGGCUCCAGCUUCCGGUGGAAAACAUGUCAGGGCGAGCUUUUAA